GCACAGUCCCUUAGAGUUGUCGAUUGAUAAUAACAUUAUUACAUAUACGCGGAUCUAUUAAAUAUUACAUAUUGUAUUGGAUUUAUAGUCAUUCGGAAAAAAGAAAUUUGAUAAGAAACUCCCUUGAAUCCAAUGAAUGAAACAAAUAUAUUAUAUCAUCGUCCAUUAUAUCCACGUAUGGGUGUACAACAUAUACGUAAAGAAUUUAUUAAAUUGGGAACAAAACUUGAAACUGAAAAUUCAACUAUCAUGAUGAAAAAUUAUAGUCCUAAUAAGUAUCUAAGGCAAAGUCAUAUAUCAAUAACUGAACAACAAAAAAAAGAUAAUCAUAAAUUACAAGAGAAAUCGAAGACAUUGAGAAGUGGACAAAUGUUACUUAAUACAAUUAUGCCAACUACAAGACAGCCAAUUAAAGCAAAGCAUACAUUACGUAAUCGAAAUAUAUCUGAGUUAGAAAUAAAUACGUCCAUGAGAAACGACCAGAAUCUUUGUAAUAGUUCAAAUAUUGAUGAUGUUAAUUGUUGGAGAACAACUAACUGUGAUGCAAAAGAAUCAAAAAAGGUUGUACAUAGUAAUUCGGUUACAUCAUCAACUGAUUUAUGUCCUUGUCAAACAACAAAAAUAUUUCCUAAUCCAGAUAUACAAAGAAGAGUUAGUACAGAUGAUGUUUCAUUGACAAAAUCACCAAGAUUCACAGAUUUAAGUUGGAGUAAUGAUAAAUCCACACCAGCAAAGCGACAGAAUAUAGAUCACUCCUGUAUUGCAGCGAAUGUGGAUCUACAGAAUAGAAUCAAUAGAAACGAUAGAUUGUCAGAACAUUCACUAAAUUUUUCAAUCAAUCAAAUACCUACAACUGACUAUUCGUCAAUGUAUUCUUUCAAUACCAACUCUUGUUUAUCAUCAUUAUCAUCAUCAUCAUCACCAUUUAAUUUGAAAAAACAAACUGUUUCUUUAAAAAGACGUAGUCGAUGGAGUGUUGAUAUAUCAAAACGAUCUACACGUCGUAGUAGUACAGGAAGUCUUAAAGUGAAACAAUUGGAUAUUGAACAAAAUAACAAGAACUUAAAUAUGAAAGAUACAAUUCUAGAGUCAAAAUUAGAUCGUUCUGAUCUAUUUAAAGUGAUCAGACGAUCAGCCCGUCGAACAUUAAGUAGUUUGUGUAACGUAUUAAGAUAUUCCAAUUCAAACUUGGCAGCUUCCUUAAACAAUUCAAAUAUUAAUGACCAUCAUGCAAGUUCUGAUCCUGUUCAUUUUGAUGAACACCCUAUUGAUUCUUCUUUAUCCACACUGUCAGUUGAAGUAAAUGAUCCAGUAAAAGAAAAUAUUCAUAGCUGUCAUAAUUCACAGAAUAACACUAUUCUGUCACGAUUUGUAACACUGACAAGACCUGAUUUAGAUGAACCGUUUGGUUUAUUCGUCGUCAAAUCUGAACAAGGUUAUCGUGUCACACGUCUGUCAGAACGAUUCAUUCAAAACAAUCCAACCAAUAAAAUUUGUAUUGGUGAUGAAAUAAUCCAAGUGAAUAAAAUAGACUCAAUCAAAUUUACUAUUCAUGAAUUACAGGAAUUAUUUCAAAAAAGUCAAACACUUUUAUUGACAAUCAUUCGUCGAUAAUAAUUGACUUCAUCACAUCAUUAUCUUCAUCAUUCCAUUACGUGAUAGUUUAUAGUCCCAUAUAGAGUAUUUAUAACAUUCUAUCUUCCGAUGUUAAUCCCAGAGUUACCUGUUUUAUUAUUACUAUUGAUUGAUUGACUUUGAUUAUUUUGUGAAUACUUCCUUAUUUUCUUUACUUUUCAUUAUUAUACUUUUGUACAGAAUAAAAAUAGUGAUUUA